AUGCCAUCCCUUCCGCCCCAUCCUACCCCAUGCCAUCCCUUCCGCCCCAUCCUACCCCAUGCCAUCCCUUCCACCCCAUCCUACCCCAUGCCAUCCCUUCCGCCCCAUCCUACCCCAUGCCAUCCCUUCUGCCCCAUCCUACCCCAUGCCAUCCCUUCUGCCGCAUCCCACCCCAUGCCAUCUAUUCUGCACCAUUCCACCUCACCUUACGUAUUAAUCCCCGUCCUAACCACUCUGGCCCGCCCGAUUCCGGGAGUCAGCCUCGUCGAUAAUUAUCACCUUUUGCCUCUUCUCCUCCCCCGUCCCCCUUUGUUCAGCCCCUCCCUUCCCCUCCUCCCUUCCCCUCCUCCCUUCCCCUCCUCCCUUCCCCUCCUCCCUUCCCCUCCUCCCUUCCCCUCCUCCCUUCCCCUCCUCCCUUCCCCUCCUCCCUUCCCCUCCUCCCUUCCCCUCCUCCCUUCCCCUCCUCCCUUCCCCUCCUCCCUUCCCCUCCUCCCUUCCCCUCCUCCCUUCCCCUCCUCCCUUCCCCUCCUCCCUUCCCCUCCUCCCUUCCCCUCCUCCCUUCCCCUCCUCCCUUCCCCUCCUCCCUUCCCCUCCUCCCUUCCCCUCCUCCCUUCCCCUCCUCCCUUCCCCUCCUCCCUUCCCCUCCUCCCUUCCCCUCCUCCCUUCCCCUCCUCCCUUCCCCUCCUCCCUUCCCCAGCUCCCCCACCCCACCUCCCUACCCCCCCUCCCUUCCUCACCUGUGCAUCUUCAGUCAUGGAGUCGGCUUCAUCUAGUAUGAUCACCUUGAACGGUGGACAGGGGUAG